AUGAGGAGGCCUAGUGCAGGUCCGACAGAGUCGUGGAGACAGUCUGCGGGGUCGAGUACGGGGGGGAAGGAGGACUGUACGGCGAUCACUACGCCUUCGUCGACUGCGUCUACGCUCAGCAUCCCCAUGCCCGUUACGCCCCAGGCGGAUUGGAAAGGCCCCACAUCGCCGCCUUUGGAUAAGGACAAGUCGUUGCCGCCGUUACCUGUCCAGCGGUACCCUUCCAAGACCCGGAUUUCUCCUGUUGGUAAUGUGGGGAGUACGACGACCAAGUAUGCGUUCCCUCGACCGAGGACGUAUUCUGCUUCGGCUACCAAUGCUGUUUCUACGCCUUUACCUCAAGUGCAACCAUCACAGACGACGACGACAACGACGAAUGUCGUCAAACCAUUACAGCUCCCUCGCCUUGGAUCGCGUAUCGCCAUGGCGGGUGGGGGUGGAGACCGACCUGCUGUUCCAGUUCCCUCUGUACCGAGUACUCCUUACUCGUCAUCGUCCACGUCACCGCCGUUACGUGCACAGUCGAGGAGCGCGGCCGCGACGCCUACGGAUAUGAAGCCUAAGCCUAGGACGGGGACGGGGAUGACGUAUAGGACGGCGAGCGCUUCGAAGAUGAGGGCGCCGAUGCAGUUGGCUUCGGCCGCUGCUGCUACGAGCGUUGGAAGGGCGCCAGGGACGAGGGCUAUUGCGUUGUGA